AUGCAGGCAGGAGAGAGUAUGAGAGAAAAGAGAGAGAAGAAAGACUUGCUUUAUGGCAUUGCCUGUCACGGUGCUCGCAUCUGCCGCCCGCUGCGCGGCAAGACAAUCGCACACACGGCUACAUCCCGGAACCAGAUCAAAGGAUCGCUGGGCUGGGCUUGGCUCGGCCUCAAGAGUUUAGCCGCACGCCUUCACGACCUCGACGCCGUGCAUGGUGUGGUAAGCUGUGGUCGGCCCGGGAUUCUGGGUGACAACAGGCAAGGGCAGGUGAUUGGCGUGAUGAUCCAUUGGUGGGUUUAA